GAUGAUUGGAACGCUUGUCCGGGGAGCUCAGGCCCGCUACAACAAUAUAAAGCAAGGCCCGCGAGAUGUAGCCAAGCACACCCUUCCUCCUUCUCCAUCUUGCCUCGCUCUUGCUCUUUGUCGCAGGCCGGUUGCCUAGCGUUGCGUCUAACUCGACCCGGGGUCGUUCUUUCCCUUCUUUCGCACCGAGUUUCUUCGUGAUACCUCCUAGUCGAGAUGUUCACCAAGAAGGCUUUGAUCCUUGCUUUCCUCUCCCUUUCUCUUUCUGCAUCCGCGGCUCCGGCAGCUGACGCUGACUGCACUCUCACGCAAACUGUCACGGCAAGGUCGUCUGCUACGUCCGCGGUCUUUGCGAACACCGGCAACGGCAAGAACAAGGGUGGUAACGCUGGUGGUAAUGCUGGCGCCAACGCCGCUGGCAAAGCUGGUGCCAACGCUGGUGGCAAGGGUGCCGCCAACGCUGGUGGCAACGCUGGCAACACAGGUAACGCCGGGAACACCGGGAACAACAACAAUUCCACGGGUGCUGCCGCUGCUGCCUCUGGCAACAACAACAACAACAACGGCGGCAACUCGGGUGACCUGCAGAGCUCGUUGACGCUCGACUCAUCAUUGAUCCAGACUGGCUUCCAGCAGGAUGGUCAAGCUGCUGGUUCGGAUGCCGGCCAGGUUGCGUCGGUCACGUCGGACAACAACUUCAUCAACUACUGUGCGACAACGAACCUCCCCCUGACGAACGGCACGCAGAUCAAGACUGGCUCGUGCAACGCCGCGCCCAUGGGCAUGAUCGCUGCGACGACCGCGAUGCCGUCGUCGAAGUUCGUCUCCCCCAAGAACCUUGACACCAUCCAGGCGAACACGAACUUCACCGUCCAGAUGGCGAUCAACAACCUGAACACGGGCUUCUUCGUCAACCCGAACACCAACUACUUCGCCGCUCCCCAGUUCACGGACUCGUCCGGCCUCGUCCAGGGUCACUCCCACGUCGUCAUCGAGGCGAUCGACUCUCUCCAGAGCACGAGCGUCACGGACCCGACGAAGUUCAACUUCUUCAAGGGCUUCAACGCCGCGGCGCAGAACGGCGUUCUCUCUGCUGCAGUUGCCGGUGGUCUCCCAGCGGGUGUCUACAAGAUGUCCUCGAUCAACUCCGCCGCGAACCACCAGCCGGUGCUCGUCGCUGUCGCACAGCACGGCUCUCUCGAUGACGCUGUCUACUUCACCGUGACCGACAACGGCCAGGCGGCGAACAACGGCAACGCUGGUAACAACGGUAACGCCGGGAACAACGGCAACGUGCUGCUGCUGGCAAGGGUGCAGCUGCAGGCGCAGGUGGGGCUAAGGGUGCGGCAGCUGCAGGCGCAGGCAAGGGCGCCGCGAAGGGCAAGCGUUGGCUCUGGCAGUGAACGGGCGUCGCCAUGCCAUGACGGCUGUCCGCUCCUCCUGACCCGGCCCGCGUGAUACCCCCUUCGUCUUCGCCCCGUACUGUAUCGCACAUCUCUCUCGUCUGUACAAGUAGCGCUGUCUGAGUCUGGGCUGAUUCCUUCCUCCAUCCCCUCCGCAUUUUUUCAUUGGCUUUGUACGUUUUGAUUAGUUGACGCAUGCGCCGCUCAGUCGGGCAGUCGGCUUCACUCCUGAACACUAGCAGAGCGUUCAAUCUAUAGGCACACUUGAUGGAUAGUUUUCGGUGUGAACAUUGUUUGGUGUGAACGUGUGAUGCCAUGGAGAAGGUCAGAAGCGGUCCCGAAGUCAGCGUUGUCGGGAGUUGCUGGCGGGUGUCAUGCGUUUAGGUCAUGAGUUGCUUGCGUCGUCGACGUCGACGCUUCUGUAUUCUCCGAGACCUCCG